AAACGACUUCUGUGAAAAAAACUAAUCCAAGGACUUGUGUUAAAACUUAUGAGACUAUUGAGUACUUCAUUCGAACCGUAUUUACUAUGUUUAUGCUUAUUAUAGUUGCAAAAAUAUGCGUUUACUCAAUCCUCGGUCAUUUCUAAUUGUGAAGUUGUGUUCGGCGAAAGAAACAACUCACACAUUAAAAAUAACACUCUCAAAAUAGCGGAGAAGUUAACAAUUCUGAGCAGCAUUUCAUCAAACAGUUGAUACACAAGACAAAGAACCCACUCCAUUGCUAUGGAAAUGUUCUCUUCAAUGAGAAAUUACAAUCUUGUCCCUGACCGUCUUUUGCAUUAUUUCAAUUCUGCCGGUCUGGUCGAUCAGGAAAAGGUGAAAGAAUUUGUUGCUGAAGCGAGUUCAAGAAUCGGAAGAGGGUACUGAUAUGGACUCCAUUGUUAAUGGUGCCAUUUGUGAAAAAUCGUUGGGAAAAGCAAGGGUGUUGUUAUGGUUAAGGAUUGGGAACAAAGCCAACAAGUAGGAGAUCUACGCAUAUAUUUACAAGCACGACAAAAGGGAGGUAGAAAAGAACGUCAUUAAUGAGAGAGUGUAGAACACAAACUAUGGAAGUACGAAAUUAACUUGCGGAGAAAUGGAAUACUUGAGACGUCAUGAAGCUCGUCUCGAGCACGGGCAGCAAUGUUAAAGAGGGUAUUAUGACACUAUUAUCCCAUAUUCAGAGUUCAAGGACGGACAUGCGUGAAACAACACUGCUGGCAAUAUGGUUCUUGUAAUGUAAUGCACAAUUUGUGUUUAUCCUAAACAUGACCUUGCAGAAUCGGCAAGAGAACUUGUCCGCGAAAAUAAUCGGGAAGACAUGUUCCAUGAAAAUGACAUGUUUAGAAGAUAUUACAUAGAGGUUCAAGCUUAUAAAUGCACCAAAAUUGCCAGUGGCCACCUGAGGAACUAUUUGGUGAGAAGAAAUCAAAACAGCUCACCCCAUGCUGUUGAACAAUCCUGCUGUUGGACAAAGGUCCGAAAGCGGUGAUAAUUUUGGAAGUCACUUUGAGGAGGGUUCACAAAUUCCUGGCAGCAUCCACAGGCAAUUGUAUGAGCAUUAUCGAUCACAUCAUCACAAUAAUCAGGUGCCAACAGAUCAGUUUGUGAUGAAUCGACCUGAUGUGGCUCUAACCUCGAGGACUACUCCCUAUUCUUUAUACGAUCCAAGAUAUGCUGCCAUUGGUCUGCCAGUUGAUCCUCAUUUGCGUGCACUCAAGCGGAAUCCUAACUUUGGAAUGCGAAGUGUGACAAAUGUUGAAAGUUCAACCACUAAUGAUUCAAGGACUGACUAUGCACGUAGUAAAGUGCCAAGGCUGCAUCAAUCAUCUUCUCUUUCAGGAAGAGAAGUUGUUGAGCAAGAACAUAGACAGAGCAGGGGAGACUAUCCACGGGUGAUCAGGCCUACUCCCUAUUCUUUAUACGAUCCAAGAUAUGCUGCCAUUGGUCAGCCGGUAGAUCCUCUUUUGCGCGCACCCAAGCAGAAUCCCAACUUUGGAAUGCCAAGAGCGACAAGUGAUGAAAAGAAUGAGAUUACCAGGGAAUUGAAGCAUAAUCCCUACUUCGGAAUGCCAAGUGCUACAAGUGAUGAAAAGAAUGAGAUCACCAGGGAAUUGAAGCAGAAUCCCUACUUCGGAAUGCCAAGUGCGACAAGUGAUGAAAAGAAUGAGAUCACCAGGGAAUUGAAGCAGAAUCCCUACUUCGGAAUGCCAAGUGCGACAAGUGAUGAAAAGAAUGAGAUCACUAGGGAAUUGAAGCAGAAUCCCUACUUCGGAAUGCCUAGUGCGGAAGUGAUGAAAAGAAUGAGAUCUCCAGGGAAUUGAACGGCAAGUAGCAGAGGGGAAAAAGCCAGUUCACUUUGGAGCAAUCUCUUUUUUUUUUUGUUAUCGAUCUUCCCUUUUCUUUUACCCUUUCAAUUCCAUAAGCUUUAAAGCGUCUGAACGUUUUAAGGGAAAUUUAGGUUUUGCCGUUUUGUUGUCAAUUUCAAGCUAUCAGUAAACCACAUUUCUUUUUAUCAGUUCUUUAAGUUCAAUGCAAAACGAUGUUUCUUAUUCAAUAUUGUUGUUAUGCUUUACUGUAUACCUGAUAGAUUUGACUCAGAGAUGGAUACGUGAGACAUGCACCAUAUUCCUUGUGAUAAGAAGUUCAAUCUAAAAUCAUGUUCCUGAGUGUUUUGU